AGCAAAAUUUUUAAUGCACCUUACCUUAUCUUAUCCGUAUUUUCAACUGAAACAUAAAAUGUGAUCGUAAAGUGAUACCUUYGAGGUAUUUUUUCCGUAAUGGAGACCGGUGAUUGGGGAUCAAGCUUCAGUGAAGGAAGGUCUUCUCCAUCAAGACSUCCAACUCCGUCUUUUAGGUCCAACAAUUUUCAAGUUUCUCCCAUUCCUGGUGAUAAAAACUCACCAAUAGGCAGCGGAAAAAGUUCGCCAGAUACGGAAGAUGGCCCUCACGAUAGUACCAUGAAAGAUGAUGUUAUUCAUGACAAACAAGCAGAUUUGAUUAGAAACUAUCAGAAGGAAAUCAGGCAACUGACGAAGAAAGUCCAGGACCUGCAGAUGAACAAGACCAUCAUAGAUGAUAAUGAARCGAAUGAUCUGAGAAGAAAGUUGGCCAGUUUUGAAGAAGAGCAGGCAGAAAAGACAAGAAUUUUCAAUGAAGAGACCACAAAAUUGCACGGUCAGAUUGCUAAACUACGCUCAUCACUUGAAAGAGGAGAAACAACCAGACAGAAACUGGAAUAUGAACUGGCCUUGGCUAAUAAAGCAGCCAGCCAUGAGAAACGAGGUGCAACGGAGAGAGAACAUCAAUUACAGAGAUCAAAUUCAAGUCUAAAACAACAUAUUGAUGAAAUGAAUAAGAAGAUUCAGACCUUGGAGAAGGAUUUGGCAAACACUAAACAGACAAGUAAAAAUGAUGAAAAGAAAUUCAGGCAGCUUAACCUCGAUAAGGAUAAAGUUAUUUUCCAACUGCAAGAAGAAAUCAAAGAUCAGCAAGAUGAACAGAAGAGAUUAAGUCGUGCUUUACAGGAACAAACGAAUUUCUGCAAUGAAAUGCAAGAAAAAUGUUUAGCAUUGGAAGCGCAAAGAACAAGUCAAGGGGAAGCCAUCCACAAGCAACAAAAGGAACUGGAGUUCUCUGUUGAGAAGGAAGAGCGAUUGAAGAAGGAGCUAGAACAAUACCAAGAGAGGGUCAAGUCACUGGAGGAGAGUAUAGAGGCUGAAAGAACAGCACAUUUAGAGACAAAGUUUAACUCAGAAAUAGUACAGUUAAGGGUCAGGGAUCUUGAAGGAGCUUUAGAAGUAGAAAAGUCAGCAGUAGAAGAAGCAAGCCAUAACAUGGAAUUACUAAGUAAACAAAACAGGGAAUUAGAAUCUACAUAUGAGGAAGAAAGAGAUAAGUGCAAGGCUCAGGAAUCAAGGAUAGCAGAUUUAGAAGAAACUCUUGGUAAAGAAAGGAGAGAUCUGUCAGCAGAAAUUGAAGAAAAACAGAAGGUUAUCGCAAAUUUAGCCAAACAGCUAGAAGUCCACCAGACAAACUUUGAUGCUCUCAAAGCUGAGCUUACUCAAGCAAGAAAGCGUCAAAUCAAGCUGGAUACUACUUAUGGCAGCAGCAUGCGUGAACUUGAAUUAUUAUUAGAAAACUUUACCAUUGAGAAACCAGAAGACGACAAGAAAAGUCAGAAAAAAGAUAAAACAAAGCCGCCAUCACCUGCUCAAGUACUGGAGAACCUGCGUCACACUAUGUUGGACUACCAGAGCAGAUGUUCUAAUGCAUCAGCUGAGUUAAAGAGGCAUCGGCAGGUUGUGGAAAACCUGUCGUCUGAUUGUGAGAAGUACAAGAACAUGGUGAUGAGAAAAGAUAAGACUGUUAAGGAACUGGAGGAGCAUUUAACAAAAGCGUCUAAAGAACUAGCUAAUGCUCGAACAGAAUGUGCCRAGAGAGAAUCAGUCAUAGCUUCACUAAAACUCGACCUACAAAACAAGACAAGAACAACAGAAGAAGAGAACRAUAGAAUACGAAGCAUUGAAGAUGAGAAUAAUCGUCUGAAGACUGCGUACAAGAACGAUGAUGAGCUUCGUCGCUCGUUCCUCCAUUCCUUGUAUCAACGCAUGAUCACAGGCAAGGUUUACGGCAGCUCUCCUGACUCAUCCCUUGGCAAGUUCUCCUGGACAGAUAUGAGUAACAUGGUAUCUGAACAAGUAUCUUCUCAGAUGAGUGAACUACACAGGCUUACUGAAAGGGUGGAUCACCUCGAAGAUGUUCUUACAAGGAAAGAUGAAGCACUAAAGAACAGCCAAGAAGCGCAUGAACAAACUGUUGCAAAGCUUUCUUCAGCAAUCAAAGAACGGGAAGUAUCAUGGAAGAAACAAAAAAGUGAACUGGAAGAUCAUUAUAACAAGAUCAUCAGUGAUUUAAAGAACAGAUCAAAGAAAAGUCAAAAUCUGGCCKACAAAGCCUGGGAGAAGAUCCAACAAACCGGUCACGUGAAGGAAACCCUGGAACAACAAAACAACAAGUUGAUCCAAAGCAUGGCACACAAGUCACGCGAGAACGCUUCCCUCCUCGCUGCCUGCGCACUACUGACGGGAACCCUGUGGCCUGCAUAUACCCGUAUACGAGCACUCACUCAACAAAGAAACAUGCUGAACGAGUAUGUCAGCUCUUUGGAAGGACUUAGACGUAUGGCGAGGAAUCUGAGUGACAUGUUGAAUAAUGAACUGGAGGACGAAUCAACGCCCGAGGGGACUCCCCUUAGGACUCGUCUUUUCUCAGACGGACGACAUCCUUUAUUGGUUUUCAGAGCUGCUGUGAUUGCUGUUAUCGCAGCCAAUAGAUUGCGCUAUUUGGGUCACGUGAGUUGUAAGCUUUUCGUGUCGUCUGCUUGUCCAGGUGAAGUGGGUGGACUGUCUGUGGUGAUGGCYGGUGGACUUCCCAGAGAAAGAGUACAUUUUAAAGCUGUUAUAGAGAAUCUGAACCAAACUAUUUACGACAUACGCAAGUCACGUGAUAUGUCUGGAGGCUGUAACGCGCAUGCGUGGUUCACCAGUGCUCAUUUACGAGAUCACGUGACCAGCUCAUUGGUUGAUUUACAAGAUUGUCUGAGCCGAUCUUUGGGUCGUGACCAGACACACCAAGAAGAAGAAGAGGUUUCAUUGGUUACCAGUUCUCCAUCAGAAACAACUGCAGUAAUCAACGCUGCAAGAAAUUCCUUCUCUAAGCUAGUUUCCAGGAUACAACCCGAGUUCCCUGCCGCUUCGUCCGAAGAGGAAAUGUGGCGAGAUGGGUAUGGUUACCGUGGAGACCUCGUGUUCAUGCUGGGUCAAGGACUGCAUAAAUUACUGACGAGUUUUAAUUUACCGAAUGGAACGAAUUACUCCUCAUCACAGCAAACUAUAGCCAACCUUCAAGGUCAUAUAUUAGGGUUUACUCAACGGCUUCACACGGCUGAAGUAGAGAGACGGUCUCUGAGGUUAGAACUAUCUAAGGCUUGCCAGGAGGCAUCAGAACUGAAGAAUGUCCAUGUCGGUAACCAAGGUGAAGUUAUGAAGGCACGUGAGAAUGCACGAAGCUUGGAGGCAAAGAUACAGGAAAUGAAAGAAGAGAUGGUUUCCAUGGUACCUGUGGAUCGAUUCCAGAGCGUGUGCGAUGAACUGAAUAAUGCAUUAAAACGCGAGCAACAAGCCCAGGCGUUACUGAACGAACAGACUACACAGAUGCAAGAGAUCGGUGCGCGGUUAGAGAUGCAUGCUUCGCAGGGUGACGAAAAGGAUGCUACGUUGGAACAGGCUGUUAKGGGUCUGAGUGAAGCCAAGAUGGAUCUUCGUCGUCAGGAACACGCUGUACGUCAGAUGAACAAACAAAUCACGUAUCUAGAAUCAGAGAAGAAGUCGCUAUCAGAACGACUGACUGACGCGGAAACAACUUUAACGUCUGCUGCCAGAGAGAAAGAAGCUCUUCUUGCGUAUCUUAAGUCAGUGGAGAGGGCCCUGGAGCAGAGUAUAGAUCAAGUACGUUUAUCACAGGGAACAGUAGGUCUGUACGAGUUGACUCUACCUCAGCUGAUGACCCCAGAUGAGAGACUUGCUCUAGAUGGACAAUCAGUAGGACCGGAAAUGCUUGCUAUUCAGAAUGUAGUGUUAGCAUUCGUGGAAGCACAGCAAAAAUCCCUGGAUCAAAUCGCAUCCUUGCAAACCGAGAGACAACAGAUCUUAUCACGGAUAGCCUCCAUGGAUGAAGAACUGACGUCCCAYAAAGCUCACAUCCAGUCGUUAAAGCGAGAACUAUCAGCGGCCUGUAGAAGACAGAUGAGUGAUGACGGGAUGAGCGACCUCACGCGCUCAUCGGGACUCCAGUCUCUCAGGAUUCAGACCUUCUUUUGCUUCUACUUCCAUCCCAUCAAAUGAMGAUAACAACAAAGCAAGUUUUUCAAGCCCUAAACGAAGAGUCCCAUCACGUUCAUCGCACAAGAGACCAAGUCGACAACAAGGACAAGAUUAUUCGAAAUAUUAUGACCCAAACCACCGCUGACCGCGUGCAGGACAGUGUGAAAUGAACUGUAUUAUAACGUGUAUCCUUUGGAUAGCUAUUUUAUGUGAUUAAUAUAAAGGCUAUUGGAUGUUUAACUAUGACUGAAACAUGUUUAAAUAACGUUUGCAUAUCAAGUUAUAUGGGACAAUCGCUGAGUAACACAAAAGCGAGGCUAGUUGUCCUCGUGUAUUACACUUAUACUGGGAAAGUAGACUUCGUUUUCAAGUUCCACGUCAGUCUCCCACGCGGUCGUUUUAGACGCAUGAAUAAGGUACGAAGUAUUAAGCUACCUUGAGCAUGCAUUUUGAUCUAAUUUCGAAUUUUAUGAACAUAAAAACAUUUCAGAACCUUUCAGAUCCGGGAAAAGGUAUCUUCAGAUAUUUGUAUGCCAAUCAGUGUACAUCUU